AUGAAAUCAUCAUCGUUCUUCCUUCCGAGCACUACCAUCACCACCACAAAACUCACCAACGCAAGAGGUAAUCUUCUUCGCGAUUCAAUCCUUGCCAACAGCACUGGGUGUUGUUCUCUUUUCUCAACCAUCACCACCACACCCAUUACAAUUCCUUUUGCUAGAAAUCUUGCUAGAAAUCUUCAUCAUUCAAAUUCCCCAAAGUUCUUCCCCUUUUUAUUCUCUCAUCAUCGAGAUGGCAAUUCAUCCCAUCCUCAUCAUUCUUUAAAUUCCCCCAAUCAACACUUUUACAAUUUGCAAAUUUCUAAUCAUCAUCCUUCUCAUAGAUUCUUCUCAACCUUCCCUUCAGAUGCACAACAGGAAAUGACGGAUCUAGAAAUAAUCAUGGAUGAAGAACAAGAACCUCUCGAAAUGAUGCUUCCUCUAUCCACAACCGAAGUCAUUCCUCCAAAGAAACACAAACCCUUUUCUAAAAAUCCUCCAACAACAAGUACCACUUUCACUCGUAAUCAAUUUACCAAUCUUCUUAAAACUUUAAUCAAAUCCAAUAUAUCGGAAAAGAAAUUUGAGGAAUACUUGACAUUAUUUCCAGCAGAACGCUAUGAUAAUACCAUUAACACGUUAAUUAUGCGCUUUUACUCGACUAGACACAACUUUGCAAUGGUCGAAGCAGUCAUGAAAAGGAUCAAAAAUCCUGAUCUUUUUGUUUACACACAAUUAUUGAACGCUUACUCCCUCGAAGGAAAUGAGCAAAAGGCUGAAGAAAUAUUCAAACAAAUUUCACAUCCAGAUAUAUUCGUCUACAAUAGCAUGUUGACAGUUUAUGCAAGGCAGAGGAAUAUUGGAAAAUUUGAAGGAUUGCUUCAACAAAUGAAAUCUAAAGCUUAUCCCAAUGGAAUUACUUAUUCCAUUAUUUUAGACGCCUAUUUCAAAGUGGAAAAUUUUGACAAGGUCGACUCGUUAUUCGAAGAUAUUGUAAAGAAAUGUGCAACAGGCGAACUUGAACCUAGUUACAUUGAUGUUCAACUUGUGAACACAUAUUUAACUUGCUUGGUACAUUCAGCGCAAUACCAGAAAGCUUUAAACUGUUUUAACAAGUACGUGUUGGGAGAGAGAAUUGAACAAUUUCUUCAGGAUAUGAAGGAAAAAAAGACUCUCUCUCGUGGCUCAGGCCCUCUUGGUGUUCGACCCAACGAAAGAACCAUCUUACUCAUGUUGUGUACUUUUGAAGGCAUGAAGGACGAGAAGAAUUUCGAAAAUCUUAUCACUAUUAUGAGGUUCUACAAGAUUAGGCCAAAUAUUUACAUUACUUCCAAGUUGAUGCAAUACUUUUUCAUGCGAAAAGAAUUUAAAAAGGUGAUUGAUGUGUAUACAUUUUCUAGAUUGGGCUGGUUCAAACGCUCCUAUUCAUUAGUGAGGUACAUUUCACAGAGUUAUGCAGCCCUCGAUGAUACAGAACAUCUCCUCCAAUAUAUUACACGCUUGGAAGAAGAGGGAGAAAUUCAAUAUUUCAAUGUUCAUAGCUUAAUCUAUGCGUUGGCACUCGUGAAACGACCAGAUGUGGCCGAGAAACUCUUCCACAAGUACAAGAGCCAAACCAGCAAUGUUUCUUACUUGUUAAGAAUGUACAAUGCCAUGUUGUUGUGCCUUAUUAGAAGUGGAUUGCAGGAAAAGGCGAUUCAAUUUUAUAAGAGCUAUCCCUUCAAGCCCAAUUCCAUCACCAACAGAAUUUUGUGCGAGAAAUUUGACCGUCGCCCAGAAAAUACUUUAACAGCAACAAAAAAAGAUUAG